AUGUCUUAUCAUGCCCAGGCAGCUGAAACCUGCACGAAGAACGCCACCACUGGCAACUUGCAAGCGCCGCCAAGGAGUUACAACCUGAGGCAAUGGCACGGUGGUCGAUCAAGUCUCAUCGACGACUACACAGAAACUCAGGUGAACCUGACUAACUCCAGUGACAAGAGCAUUGAUCCGCACAGCAUCGACGUCAUUGCUUGCGGCAUUUGUGCACAUUCUCGUUUGCUCUGCUGCCUCGCGUUGGGCCGCGACGAAUCGGAGCACCUUCAUUUGGGUGCAGCGCUCUGUUUGCUUGGUUGGGAAACCUCGUCAGACAAAGAUGCAGGCGUAGUAGUCUCCUUUCGUGACAUAAAGGCUGGUCUUCUGUCGGUAAGCAACACCGAACAUCGCAAGAAGAACGUUGCCGCGCUGAUCGACAAGAUGGUCAAUACAGGCUCGGCCAGCGCGCAUGAAGUGGCCAUGCUGCGUGGUCGUUUGAUGUUCGCCGACAAUCAAGUCUUUGGUCGGCGGUCUCGGCAGUGCUUCUUCACUCUCACUCGUGCCAGUGCUCGAAAGAAACAGGUUGCUGUGAAAGGCGAUAUCCUUCAUGCCUUGCUGUUUCUUCGUGACAGAGUCCUCCUGGCAGAGCCUCGACGCAUAGAGGCGAAAGUGAGGAAGAAGCUGCCGAAGGAGGCGGACUUGGAGGCAUCAUCUGGUCAGAUCUUGGAGUGGUUCUCUGAGUGGUUGUCAGGCGAGGACCUUGUUCCGUUCGGAAGCCAAGACAAAGAAGGAAUCAUAUACGAGCUCGAACUUUUUGCCGCCAUUCGUGGUGCUAAAGACCUUCUCAGGAAUACUCGGCACCACGAUGUGGUUCUCUUCUGCGACAAUGAAGCUGCUCUUGCGUGCCUAAUCGGCGGGCGCGCCGAUGGUGAAGUGGCUGCUGCACUUCUUUCCAAGCUCAUAGAACUGGAAGAGUCCCAUGACAUAUGCUUCUGGUUCGAAUGGGUUGCCAGUCAGUGCAACCCCGCCGAUGCCCCUUUGUGCGCAACCUCCCAAGUGCAGCCAGAACUCGACUCCGCUCACUCAAGCCUUGAUGCAGCUGUACCUGUUCGAGGGGUGUGGAGGUCCAGACUUGUUCAAAGGCUCUCGCCUGGACGGUCUGGGAUUCUUCGUUACUCAAGCAUGGACGCCUUCGCCCCUCAGUGA